UAAAGGAGAAGUACACAGAUCUUGCAGCUGCGUGAAUAGAAGCAGGGUGGAGGGCUUUCAUCUAUCCAAUAGAAGUCGGCUGCCGGGGCUUCACUGGAACAUCUACUCAGCGGCUCCUAAAGUCCCUCAGUGUCAGAGGCCCCAAGUUGGCAAAGGCACUGAAAGAGCUGGCAGAGGAGGCAGAGCAAGGGAGCUUCUGGCUCUGGCUUCAGAGAAAGGACAAGGUGUGGGGAAGAGAAGGAUCCUAAGGCUGGCUGCAGGGGGCGGUAGGGAGACGUCCCUGCCGCUGCUCCACCACCCGGAGAUGUUCCGGGAUUAAUGGAGCGAAACGUCGACGAUUGGUGGCUCCCGGCUGACGACCCUGCAGCCAGCUCAAACGGCACCGGCGGAGGUGUGUCAGACAGAGAUGCCUUGCAGGUAUGCUUACCUGUGCUUUCAUCUAGUUAUUCUGGAUCACCAGUGACUACUGUGAAUAGUGCAGCUGACUACCAGGAAAGACUGCACCAGGGGUGGCGGGGCUAGUUACCCUACCCACAUGUCAAUGAAGCAUUAAGCUGCAGUGACUCCUUAAACUACAAGCAGAAUAAAGAUGAAACAGCCCAGUGGUCCACCGAGAGGCGGGAUGGAAGAUGGGCCAAAUAGGACGGAUAACACUGUAUCAAUCGGCACGUCAACAACGAAUGAGCAGAGGAUCCUACGAGAGUGCAGCUGUGGAUGGUCCAAAAUUACAACAUAUCAGGGCCUACGAAUCCACCAGGGUAAGGCAAAAUGUGGUGGUAGAAGCCAAGUGCAAGCUUGCACUGCAGUAGCAGAUCAGACAAGGUGGAACCACAGCCAGAUUAAGCACCACAGUGCAAUGGAUCCCACCAUUGCACAUGGAGAGGAGGAGCAAGAUCAGCCUGCCCAGCAGGAUUCACAAUUACCACAGCAUAUCCUCCAAUGUGAUCAACGAAUUAAAACACCAAGCAGAGAACCUACAGGAGAAGCACUUAGGAAGCCAGUCUGGAAAGCCAAAGUUAAGUGGCCAAAAGCCAGCGACAAGCAGGAGUGGAGAAGUUUCGAACAAAACCUAUAUACACAGUCCUCCAGAACUUGAUAAGAGGUAGUGUUACUGCCAAACUGAACAUCUUCGGAGACAUCAUCUAUGAAGAAGGCAAAGGUAGAUUUGGAGAGCUGAUACAGAGAAAGAUCCUCCCUAAACAGAGUGGAAGACGAGAAAGGGAGAUCAUGCAACUGGUAAAGGAGCAUUGCCUUGUCCGGAAGGCAUGGAGGAAGGCUGUGGACCACGAGAAGGAAGGUUUGAAAAAUUUGUGGGGUCAGAUUAGAGCCAAACUCACAAACCUGAGGCGGAUGGAGAGAAUUAGGAAACGCAAACGUCGCAAGGAGAAAGCAAGAUCAAGUUUCUUCCAGGACCCUUUCAGGUACGCCCGAAACCUGCUGGAGGAGAAGAAGAACGGGACGCUGCAUAUCACAGGACAGGAAUUGGAGGAAUACAUCAAGAUUCAGACUAGUGACAGCUUGAGAGAAAGCCCUCUGGGCUCGCCGGGGCAUGUGCUAUUUGGAAGAAACACACUGAGGCUCCCACUGAGAUCCAUCAGAUUGGGCUACAAGCAGGAGAAGGUGAGACUGGUCUUUGAGUUACAAGACUCACGAGAUCCGGUAGUCCAAAACGCCAAGGCCCAAGUGCAGACUGGAAGUAAGUGGAAAGCAACACAUGCAGUAAACCAGGCCAUAACCCACCUGAAACACCAAGAGGUCGUCGGAAUGGUGCAACAUGGCAGGGCAGGCUUUGGUUUGGGAACCUCACCAAAGAUGUGGUCAAAGGCUUCAAAGAUAGUGAGGAAAAAUCUGACUAACUCUGAAGUCGUGAGGGAUGAAGAGGAGAGCUAUAAGAUCAAAGCUGUGAGCCAAGGCCAACAAGGGAGAUGGACAACGUGGGAGGCUGUGAGCGAUAGGGUCCUGACUUGGGCCGAUUUGUGGAGGAUGCCUAAAGCAAGGUUGAGCUUCCUAAUUAGGGCUACGUAUGACACUCUCCCAAGCCCACAAAAUUAAAGGAUUAAAGGAGCAAAACAUCGACGAUGGGUGGCUCCCGGCUGACGACCCUGCAGCCAGCUCAAACGGCACCAGUGGAGGCGUGUCAGGCAGAGAUGCCUUGCAGAAAUCAUUAACCGAGCUCCGAGCGGGAAGGAAGCCAACAUCAGCACAGACCUGCAGCAAGGGAACAGGGACACGCUUACGUGGCAAUAUUGACAGCUUCCAUUUACUUUGUGAGCUGGAUAAUAAUUUUGCAGUUGUGAUAGGAGAUGCCAUGAACAGGAAAGUGUGGAUGGAUAAAGGGAAACUCCCAUUGUGUGGACUUCCUGUUGCUCCACUUAAAGUCUAGCUAAGUGCCAGUGGUUUUGCCUGUUUAAUUUGGCUCUCUUUCAUGGCUACAGACGAACUCAUGUUACUAACCUAGACUUUAUAUCUGAAGAUGUAAUGCAUGCAAAUGCAAAGGUUGCUGCCACAAAACCACUACGCAUUUGCUACAGUGUUCAUAGAACAUUGCUAUGUAGUUACUAGUUGCUUUCUGGUCCAAAUCAAACAAACUCAUUGCCAAGUUUUUAUUAUAUUCAAGGACUGAGAUACAGCUUGGAGCUCUGGGAUUCUUCACCUGUCUUCAUCACUUAAAACAGCAAUAGCACACAAUGUGAUGUGUCACAAAUAUCCAUAGCAUUGUGCUUAAACAAACAUGCUUUCUCAAGCCAAUAUUCUUGAUCUGAAAAUAGAGCUUUAAAGUUGAUUCUGUGUGACACUCCUAGCUUUACAGGCAAUGGGCUCACCUGCUUCCAUCCAUUUGGCUCUUUCUCACUCUCGAUACUUAUUAACUUCAUGAGAAUGGGCUACAAUCCCUGCUGCUAUGGAAACUAUGCUGUCUGGCUAUCACCUGCUACAUAGCAAGGUGCUAAUGUGAUUACAUCUGGAUCCGGAUCGCACAGAAUGGUAACCAUGACUGGGUUACAUUUCACACAAACAUGCUUCAACUCUCAAAUGCCAUCUGUAAAAUAUGAUUCCUAAAUAUAAUGGUAUAUCUCAAAAAUUACUUUUUUUAUCUGAAACUUUUACAUUCACCAAGGCUGCAUUUAAUUAAUCAAAAUACAGUAAAUAUUAUGAAAUAUUACAAUUUACAAUUAACUAUUUUCUAUUUUAAUAUAUUUUAAAAUGCAAUUUAUUCCUGUGAUGACGAAGCUGAAUUUUCAAUAAUCAUUCUAAUAUGCUGAUUUGGUCUUAUUGUCAAUAGUUUAAUAUUAUCAAACUGUUGAAUGAAAAUAG